UUGUUUAUUAAUUAUAACUAAUAAUUAAAUCUAUCAAAAAUGGCAUUUAAAUUUGUAGUCUUCGCUGCAUUUGUAGCUAUCGCACAAGCUGGACUUAUUCCACAAGCCGGAUAUGCUAGUUCAUACUCCACCUCAUCAUUAGCUCAUGGAGCUCCACAAUUAGGAUUAGCUGCUGCUCCAGCUGUAUACGCACACGCACAACCAGCUGUCUACGCACAUGCACAACCAGCUGUCUACGCACACGCACAACCAGCCGUAUACGCACAUGCACAACCAGUUGCCAAAGUUCUCGUACAAGAAGCUCCAGCUAACUACCAAUUUUCAUACGGUGUCAAUGACCCCCACACUGGUGAUGUAAAAGACCAACAAGAAUCACGUCAAGGUGAUGUUGUACAAGGAAGUUACAGUCUCGUUGAAGCCGACGGUACACGACGUGUUGUACACUACUCAGCUGAUCCACACAACGGUUUCAACGCUGUUGUUGAACGUCAAGGAACACCUGUCGUUGCUAAAGUAGCUGCUGUUGCUAAAGUAGCUGCUCCAUUAGCUUAUGCUGCACCACAACUUAGCCAUGAAAUUUAUAAAAAAAUGGCUUUUAAAUUUGUAGUCUUCGCUGCAUUUGUUGCUAUCGCACAAGCUGGUCUUAUUCCACAAGCUGGAUAUGCUAGUUCAUACUCCACCUCAUCCUUAUCUCAUGGAGCUCCACAAGCUGUCUACGCACACGCACAACCAGCUGUCUACGCACACGCACAACCAGCUGUCUACGCACACGCACAACCAGCCGUAUACGCUCACGCACAACCAGUUGCCAAAGUUCUCGUACAAGAAGCUCCAGCUAACUACCAAUUUUCAUACGGUGUCAAUGACCCCCACACUGGUGAUGUAAAAGACCAACAAGAAUCACGUCAAGGUGAUGUUGUACAAGGAAGUUACAGUCUCGUUGAAGCCGACGGUACACGACGUGUUGUACACUACUCAGCUGAUCCACACAACGGUUUCAACGCUGUUGUUGAACGUCAAGGAACACCUGUCGUUGCUAAAGUAGCUGCUGUUGCUAAAGUAGCUGCUCCAUUAGCUUAUGCUGCACCACAACUUAGCCAUGGCUACUAUCAUUAAGUAAUUUAUUAUCAUUAAAAUGAUUUUAUGUCAUUUUUCUAGAAACGCUUAAUUCUCUUAUCUCAACUUCUUCUCUUUUUUCAUGUUCUCAUAUUUAAUUAUUAAUUUAUAUGA